UCUGUCCAGACACACAUUCAUACUGAGCAGUAAAAUGGCCGACCGUCAACCAACUGACUUUACAGCGCUUUAAACAUAGAUUCCGCCUCUUUCAAUUACAUUAUCGUAUUUCAUAUUUAAAAACUAGCAUUAUAGAAGGAGUGUUUUCAUAACUUGCUAUUAGAUCUUGAUGGAGUAUUGUAUUUCACGUUGCCUCAAAACCCUGAAUUUCGCACUUAAGCACUUUAGCUGUAGCUAGAACCCUAGCUGCAGUGUAUGUAAUUCCUGAGAAAGGAGUGUCAGGAAAGGGAACAGCAGUUCAUGGAAGACAAGAAAAGGAAAAAGGAAGACAAAAAGAAACGGGAAACCUCACAGAAGGUUGUAGAGCAAAAAAAUAAAGUGCCAGAAUUGACCAAGCCUCCAUCUGCACAGUCUCCUGCCACCCCCAACUCAGCUUCCCUUAGCCCUGGCCCCGUCCCCUCUUCAACCCCAUCCGCUGCCACCCCGGCUGCUGGCGCCCUCCCUCAGGGUGGGAACAAUGCUAAGCGGCCGGCGGUGGCCAACGGACAGCCCUCCCCCGGCACCCAGAAUUCUCAGCGCUACAUGCCUCGUGAAGUGCCCCCUCGAUUCCGUUGCCAGCAGGACCAUAAAGUGCUACUGAAGAGGGGCCAGCCACCACUGUCCUCCAUGCUGCUGGGGGGAGGCAACAGCGGGGGAGAUAGCCCAAAUGAAACAGUGGCGUCUGCCUCAGAUUCAAGCCAGGGCCCUGUGGGUCCAGCUGCUCCCUCACUGCCCCAUUCAACAUCCUCCUCAUCACUCGCUGCUUCUUCUUCAAAUUAUGCAAAUUCCAUGUGGGGGGCCAGCUCUGGCAGCCAGCCCCUCUCUCAGGGCAGGGAAAAGGUGAUAGUGGACCGGUCAGACCUGGAGGAAUGGCCCAGUAUUGCUGCUGGAGAUGGUUCAAAGUUGGGGGAUACAGCAGGUACCGGAUGUGCAGAUGGUAGCGGGAUUCUGAACUGCAGCGCCUCAUGGGGUGAGAGGCAUCUUCAGCAGCAAGCUAAAGUUGUGGGCGGAGGGAAUGGAAGCAGGAAAGGAGUCAAUUCCGGCAGCCCCUCCCCACCCACAUCCUCCAGUUCACCCAAUGAAUGUAUGCAGUCUGGUAGUGUUUGGGCUUCAUCCUCCCAUGAACUCGUAGGGGGAAAUGCAGUAGCAGCAGGCUCAUUGCCCCCCAUAUCCAAAGCUGCCCCUCUUGCAGGGAACUCUGAUGGGUCCCUUGGUGUCAGCUGUGGGAUUCCAGGUGCCAAUUUUACUCCUAAUGCCAAUCCCUCUGCUUGGCCAGCCCUGGUACAGGAUGGGGCUGGGGCAGUUGCAACAGAGGGAGGCUCCUCUUCCCUCCAAAGCUCAUCUUUGUCUGCCAGCAACCCUCUUUCUGUGAAUCAAGCCUCUCAUCAGCACCAACUUCACCAAAUGCAAUCCAGAGACAGAGAGCCAUCUUGUGGAGAGUGGGGUGGCACAGCACUGGAACCAGGAGCAGGACCAAAAAACACAGGAGUGGCAGAAGGGGCUGAUAUGGACUCUGGAAGCACAGGUGGAGGGGAUGGCUCUGCUUCCUCAACCUCCUCCACCGGCUCAUCAUUGUGGAGAGCUCAGCCUUUCCCUGCAAACUCCAAAACGGGUGCCUCAAGGACUGAAUCUUGGGAGGAUGGAGCAGGGGAAAGCUCCGUAUCUGCUGAAGGGGGAAAUGCGUGGGGUGUCACUGGCCAGGAUGAACGGAGCAACUUGACUGGGGCAAGUGCAUGGGGAACAGGCAGUGGGAGUCAGACCUCCGGGGUAUCUCAGGGAGCAUGGGGAGGGGACCACACAUUGGUUGGGGACUGGGGGGCUUCGAGUGGAGUUGGAGGUGUCAGUAAUCAAGGUAGGAAAGCUGCAUCAAGCAGUAACAGCAGCAGCAGUGGUGGCAGUGUUGGCAACCCGACAACUUCCUCCUCCACACCUUCAACUAUGACAAGGGCUUGGGACAAUCAGAAAGAAGUUGGAGAUGUAGGAGCCGGUGACUCAAGUGAGUGGGGAGGCCAGGGUAGCAGAGGUGGAGGAGAGACCUCAUCCUCCAGUGGUGGAGGAAACUCUAGAAGUGGUAAUCAGCGCCACCACUGCUCUCAUCAGCCUCCCAACCCUGAAGUGGCCUUACAGAAUCUGCUUAGCCGGUCUGACCUGGAUCCCAGAGUGCUGUCCAACUCUGGCUGGGGUCAGACCCAAAUCCGUCAGAAUGUGGCAUGGGAUAUGGAGACAGGAGGACCUGCAGCAGCACCAGGAGUGGCCAAUUCCUGUUCUGCAAUGAAUGCACCUGGCCACACUCAAUCAUACUCUGGUUCGCCUGGUCCAUCUACUACUACUGAUCCAUCACCUUCUUCUCUUCUCCAAGGUGCACCUUUGAAUGCCAACUUGAACUCAAACUCCAUCCAUGGACCACCAGCUGUCUCAACUGGUGAAGUGUGGGACAACAGCAGUAGCAGCUCUUUGCACACCCGAGGCCCUCCACCUUAUGGCGUCAAUACCCAAAACCCUGGCGUCUUACAGUCAGGAGGUGGAGGCGGUAAUUCACCUGGUGGGCAGAGCAAGCCAUCUGGGGGCUGGGGAGGGUCAGAAGGCCAUGGGAAAGGUUGGGACAGCGAUGGACAUGAGUGGCGAGAGCACAGAGCAGGGAGUGUGUCUGGCGGGUGGGGAGAUUUUCAAACACACUGUACUCCAGCAAGUGGUUGGGGAGACAGUCAGGAGAAGAAAGGAACAGGGGGUAGGAAAGAAAUAGGAAGGGGAGAUGCAGGCAAUUGGGGACAGAGAAAAAGUAGUGACUGGGGAGAGAAUGAGCCCAAAUCAGGCAGUGGUGGUUGGGGGGAUGGGAAGGGUAGUGGAGGUACUAGCGGGGACCCAGAUGUGGGUACAUGGGGUAAUUGGGAUGAGGGAGCUCCUAGAGGGGCAUGGGGAGCAGGAGGUUCAAGGGUGGGUGGAGACAUGGGUAGCAAAUCUCAACAAGGCUGGGGUGGGAAAAUGCACCCUUCGCAAAUGCCAAACAGCCAAUCGGCCUCACAGAAAGGCCCGGCACAGCAGCAGCAACAACAAUCACAGCCCCAGCAGUGUCAGUCAAUGGACACAGGGGCCAUGCAAGGGGGUUGGGGAAGACGAGGGGCUCCUUCAGCCCAGACCCAAAGUUCAGGGUGGACUUCAGGGCCCAUACAGCAACUUUCAAGUGGUCCUGGCGAUAGCUCGGAGUCCAGUGGUUGGGAGGAGCCUUCUCCGCAGUCCAUUAGCAGGAAGAUGGAGAUAGAUGAUGGAACAUCUGCUUGGGGUGAUCCUAGCAACUACAACCACAAAAGUGUCAACUUGUGGGACAAGAAUAACACCCCAUCCGGCCAGGCACAAUCAGCGUCCCCUCAGCAGGGGACCCCAUCUCUGCAACAGCAGCCGCCUGGAAGAAUACCAACAGGCCUUGGGAAUAGAGACUUAAAUCUUACACAUUCAUCCAGCAAGGGGCCAGGAAUAGCUCCUGCUGGAUGGGGUAGUAGUGGCUCUCCUUCUAGUCCAUGUGUGGACAAUGGUACUACAGCUUGGAGCAAGACCACAGAGGCACCCACCAGUUGGGGCGAUCCUGAUGACACUGGCAAGGCAUCAGGUUGGAGAGACUCCUCCCCCAAUCCAGUGAAGUCUGGUUCAAAGUCUAUGCAAGAAGGUUGGGGUGAAGGAGAAGGUUCAGUCAGUGCUUCACCACAUCACUCCAGCUGGGAGGAGGAUGAUGAGAGUGGGGUUAUGUGGAACAGCACUGGUUCCCAAGGCAGCAGCUCUUCCUAUAACUCGGGAGGCUGGGGACCCAAGAAGGGCAACAAGGGCUCCAUGAAGGGUUCAGGAGACUCUUGGAUGAAUCCAGUGACAAGACAGUUCUCAAACAUGGGGAUUCUGGGAGAGGAUCCCAGCGGUCGUUCCUUGGAUCUGGCCCCCGGUCCACCGCAGGAUAAAAAGAUGGAAGGAGAGAAGCGUGGCAUGGGCUUGAACGAGUACAACGGAGACAUGCGUAAAGGAGGACGUGGAGGGGGCGCAGGAGCAGUCUUCCGUCCGCCUGGUUCCAAAGAGGUGGGAGCUUGUGAACCCGGGCCUUACUAUGACAAGGCGGGUGAUCAGUUGUUUGGUAGCGGAGGUGGGAUGGCACAGUCCAGGCACCAACCAGGGGUGCUGCCCAUUAACCCAUCAGUACGAGCGCAAGUGCCUCAUCAGUUCCUGUCACCACAGGUACAAAAUGUGCCAGGCCCUGUGCUAAAGCCUCCUCCCAGUGGAGGUGUGGGGGGAGGCAUCUUUCCUCCCCAGCUUUCGCCGCAGCACAUUGCCAUGCUCAGCAGCAUCUACCCCCCUCACAUUCAGUUCCAGCUGGCCUGUCAGCUGCUACUGCAACCGCAGCAGCAACAACAACAACAGCAGCAGCUCCUGCAGAACCAACGCAAGUUCCCGCCAAAUAUACGCCAACAGACAGACCCCCAACAGCUUGCCAGAAUUAUGGCUGUUCUUCAGCAGCAGAGACAACAGCAGGGGGGAAGCGCAGUGGGCAGCUCCAAACUCUCUCCUUCUCACCUCGGGGGCCCAAAGAUGCCCAUGUCGGACCCCCUGACACACCCCGGCUUGGCAGGCUCUGUAGCAGACCUGCAUCAGAAAACACAAAGCACUUAUUCUGGGUUUGGACCUGGUGUGAGCCUCUCUGGUCUUGAACUUGGUCCCAUGGUUAGUGGCCCUGCUGGGCUUAAGGACACUGGAGGCCAACAGUCUCGUUUUAAAAGGAUGAUGGAAGGUCACUCGCAGGCCCCCUCCCCUCCUGAUAGCACUCUUCAUAAAAAUGGUCCCAUUGCUGCUCCUCUCAAAAUGAGUGGUAGUUCCCCAUAUUCCCAGUAUGAGCUGCUGGGAGGUGAGGGUUUGGGCGUGCCUUCGCAAGGGCCUUCAGAUCACUGGCACAGAAGUCCUGGGAACAAAAUGGGCACCAAGACUGGCACGUCCAGCUGGCCUCCAGAGUUUCAACCAGGAGUGCCUUGGAAAGGAAUUCCGAGUGUGGACCCUGAAUCUGAUCCCUACAUGACUCCUGGAAGUAUGCUGAGCUCAUCUAUGUCAAGCCUCAAUGACACAGAGCACCAACUGCUAAGAGACAACACCGAAUCUAAUCCCACCCUCAACACCUUGCUGCCUUCACCUGGUGCCUGGCCCUACAGUGCCUCAGAGAGCCCCCUCAACAAUGCACACAACCAAGCUAAGGACUACAAGCCCAGCUGGCCACCUGAGCCCAUAGGACACAACAAGCCUUGGAAGACCAAUCGCAACAGCUCUCAUCUGCCACGCCCACCUCCUGGACUGACCCAUCAGAAACAACCCUCCGCGUCUCCCUGGGCGGCAGGAGGCCCACGAUUUGGUAGAGGCUGGGGAGGCUCUGGAGCCAGCCAGGAAAGCAGAUUUGGGCCUGGAUCUGCAUGGAGUGAUGGAGGAGCCUCUAGGGGGAGCUGCUGGCUAGUGCUAAGUAAUCUUACCCCUCAGAUUGAUGGCUCCACCUUGCGGACUAUAUGUAUGCAGCACGGACCGUUGUUGACCUUUCACCUUGGUCUGACCCAAGGUAGUGCUCUGAUUCGCUACAGUACUCGCCAAGAAGCAGCCAAAGCCCAGAGCGCACUUCACAUGUGUGUUUUGGGCAAUACCACAAUCCUGGCGGAGUUUGUAAGCGAAGAGGAAGUCGCUCGUUAUUUUGCACAUUCCCAGGCUGCAGCAGCUGGAAGCAACAGCGGAGCCGGUGCAGCUAUUUCCGGGCCAGCGGUUAUGGCCGGGUCAUCUGGGGCUGGCGCAGUGGGUACCAUCAGCGCUGGGAGUGGCGAGAGAGAACGAGCUGGAAGUUCAACAGCAGGAAGUAACAACAGUGGCGGGACUGGGCCCUCUACCUGGCAGAGUUUGGACGGUACGGGCAGCUUCCCUGACCCAGCAUCUGCCCAGGGAGCGGGCUUAAGCAUUUUCGCCCCGUGGAGCAGCAAUAGCGUGGGCGGCAAUGCGGGGGGCGUCGAUCCCGGCAGAGCCGGCUUGUGGGGAGGGGGUAUACAAACCGCAGGGUAUACAAACAACAGUCUGUGGGGGUCGCCAGCCAUGGAAGAUCGGCACCAGAUGAGCAGCCCUGCAGCACUGUUGCCUGGAGACCUGCUGGGAGGAGGAGCAGACUCUAUCUGACUGAUGCAGACACUUACAGAAAAUCGACAUACAGCAACGCACACAUACCUAACAGAUAUAUAAACGUAAAAAUUAUCUACUAUAUUAUCUCGAACACACGCAGGAACAUUCAUCACAAUACAGGCAGUUUACGUGCAUACCGUAUAUGCCCUCAGUCACCGGACGGGUGUAGAAUGCAUAAAUGUACGGCCAAGUAUUUAGUAUACAUUUGUAACGCCUCUGUAGACGAGAUUCAAAGAUAAGCACUCGAACAGCAGAUAAACACUUAAUCUCGCAAGUGCUGAGAAGCAGAUCUGCAGUACGAAACCUAGCAAAAUGCAUUAAGAUAAAAUGAUAGACAACACCGGUUACAAAUGUACACGCACUGUUUAAAGCCCACUUUUACCCUAGCAGUGUUCCAGACUCUGUUCCCCAAAAUCCAAGCUCCAUAACAAAGCCCACCGCCGGGAACAUGGAGGAGCAGCGUGUGGAAUACAGAGUUUUACACGAGUAAGGCAGUACAGAUAGCAACCGAUAUGCACACACACACGGACACAUCCCAUUUCUUACUCUUAAAUGAAGACUUCAACAGCAAGACUUGAACGGGACGGCAAACAGUUGGACUUAAAUACUGACUCAACUGGAAGAAUCCUAAACCUUGAGGUCAUAGUGAUCACACUCGCAUACUGAGACGCUCUCACUCAGGUGUGCACUGUAAAGGAGAAACCAGACACACAAAAAACAAGGACAAAAAUAUGCAUCGUACAAUGUUGUUACAGCUCCAUUUUCAUGCAGAUUACUCGAAACACUGUUCUGAUGUCUGACAAACUGUAUCUUGUCUUUCGUUUUAAAUGAUGGUGAAAUCCAGAUUUGUUUUUUUCCGAACGCUGACCUCGUUUUAUUCUUAAUCAAGUAUGUUGUCGAAACGACGAUCACUUGGAUGUUACUUAGCUGUACAAGGUGCCCUUUCUGCCUGUGCGUGCAUGAGCGAAGUCCCCCGGUGGAGGCGGUGACGUUCAGAGUGUUUGCGAGGCAUCGAUGAAUGUGUGGCGGCCAGAGAUUAACAAGCAUUGUGAAUUUACAAAGAUCAGCGCUGGAUGAGGGAGGCGAGCAGAUGUAUGAGUGACGGCUUAUUUCAGGUGUUUGAUGUCUAUGUGUGCAUGAUGAGUAUGCAGGCGUGGCUGUGUGUGCGCGUGUGUGAUUGUAGACGGCAAGUUCAAGAACAUUGGCACUAAUUAAUAUUUCUUAAGUUGUGGUUUUAGCAGCCUUUUUUGUUUUAUAUAUUGUCUGAAUUGCAAUAAUAAUAAAGAAAAAAGAUUUUUUAGAAGAUGCAACCAACUGAAGGCAUUCGUACAGAAACAUGAAACAUGCCAAACCUUAUUGUACCAAGCCGAGCUGGAUGGGUGUUUUAGCGACACUUAAAAAGUUACCAAUUGUUUAUUUUUGUUGUUGUGUAUCAUUAUAAAUUAAGGCGGGCUUUAUCACUCGUGUUCAGGUUUUUGUUUCUGAUUUUACGAAAGAAAUUAAUUUAAAAAAAGAACAAGACAAUUAAUAAAGGUUGAAUUUAAUUUUUGUUGUCAGUUGUGUGCAGUUUUCAUUUAUUCUUUAUUUAAUGUUACGUUAAAGAGAACUUUCAUGGAUCAUUCACACAGCUACCUUUAACUUUACUGUGACAUUACAGGCUUGCUGGACUAUUGUUAUUUAUAACCUUUAAAGAUCUUUUUGCUGAUAAGGCCUUGUUAAAGUAUCAUUAAUGUAGCUGUUAUGCACUGCUAAUUUUCGGCUGGAUGAGAAAACGGAAAUUCUGCUCAUAGGUUUACAUUCCUUGUGCCAUUUUGUUAUUAAAGAAAUCA